AUGAGAAGAGGCGGACGCACCUCGACGAUGCCACCGGCAGCACAUGUCCCAUCCUACGCAUCGCAGCACACAUCACGGCUGGAGGCUGGCCAAGCCUGGGCAGGGGCAGCAGGCAGGACGGGGUCGGGCCAGGACCAGGACCAGGGCCGGGGUUUGGGCCAGGGCCAGGGCCAGGGUCCGGCCCUGGGCCGUCAUGGUUCAUGCUCAGGUUCGUCGGUGAGCACCGAGCACGACGACGAGCACGCAGACGAGUCCCGACGAGCAGCCAUCGGCCUCGCUGCCGAGAGAUGGCCGAGUAUAUCAUCCGACGACCUCCCCGGCCUCGCACGAGAGUCGGGAGGCUCAGCAUCGUCGCCCCUCCUCGAAACCAUCAGUGGAGCAUCGUUCGAACCGGAUACCGGGUACCAAGCUCCAGACGCCACGGCAUACCAGAGACGGCAUACCAGACACGACAUACCAGACAUUGGGCGUCGGGCAACAGGCAAUAGACAUCAGCUACCGCUCGAGGCAGCCAUCCCACGCAGCCUGCGUCGUGCCGACCGCGUCGUCCCUCCCCCCCUCCCACCGACGAUGCAUGCAAGCAUGGCUCGCCACGGAGGACUCGCCAUGACGAGGUGCCUCUCCACCGUGGCCCGGACCGCGGCCUCGGCGCACCAUGCGGCCAUGACCCUUCCCCUGACGGCACGGCCGAGCCUGACGAUGGCGUCCAAGCUCGCGGCCUCGCCCGAGUCCACGAUGCCGCCCGGCUUCUCCGCCGCCGUCGGACGGCUCAAGACGUUCGCCCUGCCCGACAAGGUCUCGGGCUCGGCCGCCGACAGGGCGACGGCGCGGGCCAUGCUCGACGCCUGGCAGGGCGACGGCAUCCUGCAAAUCGCCAUGACGCCCCUGCAGAAGCAGCUCUACAGGAGCGCCGACGCCGCGAGCCGGCGCUUCUUCGCCCGCCCGUCCAAGGAGAAGCGGGCGUGCGUCGACGGCCAGAGCUACGCCGGCUACGUCGCCUCGGGCGAGGAGAUGACGGACGGCAUCGCCGACUACUCGGAGAUUUUCACCGUCACCAAGGACCUGAGCCUCGCCGACGGGCGCGUCGCCGACGGCUGGCCCUGCCACGGGCCCUGCCCCUGGCCCGACGGGACCAUGAAGGCCGUCAUCGACCGCUACAUGGCCGACCUCGGCGCGAGCGGGGAGAAGCUGCUGCAGCUGAUUGAGCUCGGGCUCGAAAUCCCCGCCGGGUCGCUGACGGGCUACACCGAGGAUGGGUGGCAUCACAUGAGGGUGCUGCGCUUUCCCGCGCGGCACCGCACCAACGGCAAAGGCAAGGCCGGCCGCGGCAUCGGCUCCCACACGGACUACGGCCUGCUCGUCAUUGCCAACCAGGACCACGUCGGAGGACUCUUCGUGCGGCCUCCGCAGGGGGGCGGCUUUGCCAACUGGCAGCAGAGCGCCGCCGGCAUGAAGGAGGACGAGCCCGGCUGGACGUACGUGCCGCCCUCGCCCGGCGUCUACACCGUCUUUCCCGGCGACAUGCUGCAGUACAUGACCAACAACAGGCUCCUGUCGACGCCCCACAAGGUCGGCCUCAACACGCGCGAGCGCUUCGCCUUUGCCUACUUUCACGAGCCCAACUUCCGGUCCGUCAUCCGGCCGCUGCCGGGCCACGACGGCGGCCAGGAGCCCCGGCAGGGCGUCCACUACGGCACCCACUUUACCAACAUGUGCCUGCGUAACUACCCGGACCGCGUCACCACCAAGCGCAUGGUGGCCGAGGACCGGUUUCCGAUGCUCGCCACGUCGGCGCUGCGAAACGACGACGCGACGACGGGCAGCCGCUCGUAG